AUGCAGCCGUUCCAGUCCAGCGCCCGCGCCGACGGCCCGCGGGAGUCAUCCCCGGAGCGAGCGAAGUCCCCAGACACCCCGACACCAGUCCUCAACUUCUCCAUCGCCCGGUUGAUGGAACCUGAUAGGAAGAAGUCUACUUCCCCUGAACCUCCUAACAACCCGAGCUUUCUAUCCUACGGAGCGCAGUUACUGGACUCUGCCUUCAAGCAGUACAUUCCUGCCGCAAGAAGGCAGUUAGUUUCUCACUACCCGUUGUUGUAUUACGGGCCGGAUUUAGUGUCUUUAACUUAUGCUCACCAGUUGCACCUUCCAAGGCCGCCACCAGCUCCGUCACCAGUCCAAAGGCCUGCAAGUCCUAGACCUCCCGCUGUAGAUACUGUAUCUUCUACCACUGGGCCUUCCUCCUCGCCAGCUAAGAAUAAAAGCUUCGCUUGCGGGGAUUGUGGGAAGGUGUUUAACGCCCAUUACAACCUGACGAGGCACAUGCCCGUCCACACAGGAGCGAGGCCGUUUGUCUGCAAGAUUUGUGGCAAAGGAUUCCGACAAGCGUCCACUUUGUGUCGUCAUAAAAUCAUCCAUACUUCAGAAAAGCCCCACAAAUGUUUGACUUGUGGAAAGGCGUUUAACAGAUCCUCCACUUUGAACACCCAUGCGAGGAUCCAUGCGGGGUACAAGCCGUUCGUCUGCGAGUUUUGUGGGAAAGGGUUCCACCAGAAAGGGAACUACAAGAACCACCGUUUGACCCACAGCGGGGAGAAGGCGUACAAGUGUUCCAUUUGCAACAAAGCCUUCCACCAAAUAUACAACCUAACAUUCCACAUGCACACGCAUAAUGAAAGAAAACCGUUUACAUGUAGCAUUUGCGCUAAGGGGUUCUGCAGAAACUUUGACUUGAAGAAGCAUACGAGAAAGCUUCACUUAGGAGUUGGGUCUAACAAUGACUCUUCAGUAGAUACCCAGGAUGAAUCGACGCAGGAAGCGAGCACUAGUCCAGAAGAAGCCAGCAGAGUGGCAUUCAGACCCUUUCUCGGGUCUUCGUACCCUAGAAUCCUGGAUCCGUCUAGAAUGACCACUCCUAACACAUUCUUCUCGAAACUAUUGUGA